AUGUUGCUCGAGGCUACCAAACAAGGUCGUAUUUUCAUGGUGAAUUAUCUUCUGGACACGAAAGGAGUGAAUAUAAAUGAAACGGACAAUGAGGGCCAGACCCCUUUGAUAAAUGCCUGUCUAUUGGAUGACAACAUGGCCGCCACACGACGCAAAUUAACCCGCUUAUUUUUGGCUAAAAACGCAGACGUGAAUCUGGCUGACAAAUCUGGUAGAAAUGUGCUCAUGUGGGCUUGCCAUUUGGGUAAAAUUGACGUGGUCAAGAUUCUAUUUGGACGUUCGCUAAUGGACCUUGAUUUCACCUGUACAGAUCGCGUUGGUGAUACGGCUUUGCAUUAUGUCUCGUCCAGUGGACAAUAUACUCUCACAGGCAUGUUGGUUGAAGCUAUGAAACGUUUUGGGGUAUGUAUGCGUUUAUUUUUUGUCGUCGUCGGAAAAAACAAGACAUCGAAAGCUAGACACAACAUGCGUGUCGGAUGUUGGCGGGUUAGCUCUUGUACGCGCUGGCGUAGUAUAGAAAAAGUUUAAUUACACCGCAGCAUCAUUUCGCAAAUUUUUGUGGAUUUUCUUCUGGACUGCCAUUUGCUACACGAUAAUGAUUGGUAAAACGUAACUGUACUGUCUGUACUAACGCACAAAUUGUUACAGAUCCUCAAAUGCUUCAAACAACACAGUUGUAACACGAUAUCGAGCCGAUAUCAUCAUGUGUUCGCACAGCUUAUUCCCAGUUGUUGUGACAAGUCUGGAACAAGUUCUUUUCGCCCUUGUUACAAGUUUGAUGACGGUAACAGACUGCUACAAGUUGUUUCAACAAGAGUAAUACUGGCUUUGUAACACGUUCUUACCAGCUUGUUCUCAUAAACUUGGUAACGGCUUGUUACAUGCAGACUUGUUGGAACAACUUUGUUGCAAGUCUGCUGGCCUCUCAACCUUGUUACAAGAUGAUAACAACUUUGUUCCAGGCUUGUCGACAACUGCAUGGGAACAACCAAUGUGAACACAACUUGUUGACAAGCUGGGAGAUUUUUAUUCGUGUAUAGAUGGUUCAGUCAAUGCUAUCUUAAUUAAUGUUGCUAAACAUAGCGGUCAUCGUCAAAUAUAUUGACACUUACAAUUAAGAGCAACCAAAUGAUGGUAUAUCCUUCCAUUAAUAUAUUGACUAUUUGCUUAAUUGCUCAAAAAAUGACUAAAUUUACUCCGAAAUAUUCGGGGGUUUUUACAGUGAUGUAUAGUGACCAAUUUAGCCCCGACAAGUAUAUGUUAUCUUUUACACAUGUGAAAAUGGACAAGUUGUAACAAACCUGCAGCAGAUUUGUAGCAAUGCUGUUCCAACAACUUGUGAACAGGAUGUGUUCGCACUGCUUGUUCCCAGCUUGUUGACAAGUUGUCAACGGUUUGUUGACAACUUGCUACAAGGUUGUUGAGCUCAACUGACUUGUUACACGUUGUUCCAGCAACUUGUUAUCGUCCUAUACAAUUAAAAAAAUUGUCAACAAGUUGUGAGUGACAACCUUGCAGCAACUUGAUAAAAUAACAGCAUUGUUACAAUUUGUUGACAAGCUUGCUGCAAGCCUGUUGCGAAUACAUCUUGUUGAUACGUCGUGAGAUUUUUACGUGUGUACGCACGUAAAAGGCACAAGUUGUUACAGGACUGCAAACAAGUUGUUACAAAUCUGUUCACAAGCUGUCGACAAGUUGUGUUCGCACUGCUUGUUCCCAGUUGUUGUAACAAGUUUGGAACAAGCUAUUAACAAACUUUUUGACAACUUGGGACUUUGUACAAGAUGUUAGAUUAUUGUGGGUGCUGCGGACGGCAACACUGUCCGCCGCUAAGUAAAACGCUUUCUCGUAACAAUAUUUUAAACAGUCUUAUUAUGCUUCAAGGUAUCAUUGGACACACGAAAUCACGACGGACUGACGCCACUUUUAGCGGCGACAAAAAACGGUAAGGAAAUGUGCGCCAGAAUUUUGUUGGAGACCGGCGCAUCUCCAGAUAUUGUCGAUCCUCAUACACUAAUGAACGUUAAAGAACUCGCAGAGAAUGGCAAACUACAGUCACUGGUUGAACAGAUCUCUAUACGUAACCCUACGACCCAAUCACGAUGUACGUUUCCAAGGCAACCGGAUGAUGACGACAUGAGAUCGGCCAUCGGCAGUCGUGAAGGUUCGGUGACUCCGAGAACCACUUCGAAACCGGCCGUAAACCAAUCGGUGGCUGGCGUAAAUCGGCCGAAGGAAACACGCUCGCCUUUGUUGAGUAAACGAAGGGAAAAGAAAGUCCGACUUGAAUCGAGCAAAAAUUCAACCAAGAAAAAUUUCGGGAGUUUACUAGACAUUGAACAUCGAAAUCCCAUCGACUUUCCGAGAACUCCCAGCCCUCGUCCUAUUAGCGAAUGCAGCUCCCUAGCACCCGCGUCUCCAAGAACUCAGACAAAAAGCCCAUACAAUUUACGCGACCUUGGUUCAGUACUUUCACUCUACGGUGAACAACAGGCGUCCACUUUUAGAAAAGGUUUUUCGACCCCAGUCAUGAGUACGGAAGAAUUCCAGGACUACCUCGAAGAGAUGAACCCAAAACCACAGUCCAAUCGCAGCCAUCGGUCAUCGUUGACUCGUAGCUCGACGUCGAGUGUCGGACUCAGUCCCCUGUUACAACAACGUCGUCGCUCCGUUCUCCUUAAAGAAUACAAUCUGCAUGGAAGCAGUGAUGACCCCUCCUCUAAUGACCGCCGCCACACUAUAAGCCAUAGUACUACUUCAAGACGUAAGGAUAAACCGUUAGUAAGAAACCUCUCUGACCCUUUGAUGCAUUUAAAAUUGCCUGCUAAGACCAAUAAGACCAGUAAUUUACGCCGGUAUUCGUUAAUGAGCUCCACUCAACUUUAUUAA